GGAAGUUUGGUCAUGGAUUACUGCAUUAAUUUUUCCUUUACGACAAUAUUACUAUACAUAUUAGGGAUUAUAUAGCGCUCAAGACGUGGGGAUGACAGAUCAUGUGCAUCACCUUCUUCCCAGCUAUCUAUGUAAUCAAUAGCAUCAUUAUCGGCAUCCUCUUCCACUUUGUCAACAUACAUUAGUCUUAUCUGACCCGACCAUGAUAGAUACACCCGAUCUUAUUGGCAGUAAAAUAUCUCAUUCAAACUCAUUCCCGGCCCCGAGCGUCCUCCCCACGAUGUGCAAAGUAGGAAGUUGUUCCCAGCUGGUCGCACUGUGUUACCAGCCGCAGCCGCACACGUGAUCUAGGCGCCCAAAAGUCCGUUCCGUUCGCUUUUGAUCCGGAGGCCGCAAGGACAUCCUCCACUGAGUCCCUUCGCCGUCACAGGGCUGCUUUACAGUCACAAUGCAUCGUCAGUCUGUUUUACGACUGGCUCGCCAGUCCGGGGCUUUCCCGCUGGCCGAAUUGCCCCCUCCUUACCUCGCCCCGUCCCUCCAUUUCUCCAUGAACCGGUCGACCGUUCAGUGCUCGAACUUUUCUUCCACCGCCGCUGUCGCCGCUGGCCGUGGUGAUCUCAACAAAGUCCGCGCCGUGUCCGCUAUUCACCGCACUGGCCCCAAGUACCGAUUGGGCGUGUCCAAAUACCCAUUGCCUAAGCCAGUUUCCCCAGACGCUCUCCCGAAGCGCAAUGCCACACCAGACCAUGGACUCUGGGGUUUCUUCCCCACGGACCGGACCGCUUUGAGCACGCCGACAUACGACAUUGAAUGCGGCCGCUCGUGGUCGAUUCAGGAACUCCGUGAGAAGUCAUGGGACGAUCUCCAUUCCCUGUGGUGGGUCUGCGUCAAGGAGCGCAAUCGCAUAGCUACGAGCGACAUGGAAAGGAAGAGACUGAAGGCUGGUUAUGGAGAGUGGGAAUCCACUGAGCGGGAUCGUGUGAUCCGCGUCACGCAAAACGGCAUCAAGCACGUUCUUCGGGAAAGAUGGUACGCCUGGGAGGAGGCCCAGCGUCUCUACAGAAAGGGCUACCGGCCCCAGGAGGAUAGCCAGGAGUAAGGGUAUUAGCUCCACGAAAGACAUCACAAAAGGAACCGGGGUUUGAAUCUGGGAGCUCCGAUAGAAACUAUUGGUCUGUACUUUUGUAUGUAGUAGUAUGUAGUAUAUGUUCUCUUAUUAUUGGCAACGUUUUUAUUUUUUGGUUUCUUUUUUCCAUUAUUUUCUUUGUUUCUCCAUGUCGAGAUCUCAGCUAGUUUUGAUUUUGGCGACCUGAUUAUCGAGAACCGGUGUUCUGUAGUUCCGUUGAGAACCCUACCUACUGUACCUGGUGGUGGCGGAAAGGAUGCCAGAUCUAGACUGUCAAUUCUCAUAACUAGUGCAUUAUAGAGCCAUAAGGGAGA